AUGACAACAAAAUUCAAAUUAGCGUUAUGCCAAAUCUCCGUAGGAGAAGACAAACAGAAGAAUAUUGACACAGCCACCGCGGCCGUGACCAAAGCUGCAAAAAACGCGGCGCAGGUGGUGUCGCUGCCCGAAUGCUGGAAUUCGCCUUACGCCACCACAUCUUUCCCGCGGUACGCUGAAGAAAUACCGGAAACAAAGGACCUUCUCAGCGAAAGUAAUCAUCCGUCCACCUUUGCAUUGUCGCAACUCGCUGCUAAGCUCAAGAUCUAUCUUGUCGGAGGCUCCAUUCCCGAAAAGGACGCAUCCGGCAAAGUAUACAACGCAACCGUUGUCUUUUCGCCUGAAGGCGAAAUCAUUGGAAAGCAUCGCAAGGUUCAUUUGUUCGAUAUCGACGUACCCGGCAAGAUAACUUUCAAAGAGUCAGAUACGCUUUCACCAGGCAACAACAUAACUGUCUUUGAUACUCCCUACUGCAAAAUGGGCGUCGGGAUCUGUUACGACAUCCGUUUCCCGGAGCUAUCUAUGCUGAUGAAGAAGCAGGGUGCACAGAUCUUGCUGUUCCCUGGUGCUUUCAACCUGACUACGGGACCCGCGCACUGGGAACUUCUGCUGCGCGCCCGUGCAGUCGAUAAUCAGCUGUACGUGGCCGCUACCUCUCCUGCGCGUGGUCCCGAGGGUGGGUACCAGGCUUGGGGUCAUUCUACCGUCAUCUCACCCUGGGGCGAAAUUAUAGCCACCUGCGGCCAUGGGGAAUCCAUCGUGUACGCUGAAGUGGAUUUGGACAAGGUAAUGGAAAUGCGUCGAAAUAUACCCACAUCAAGCCAGACGCGCUCAGACCUUUACGAGCUAGUACAGAAGUAA